AUGCAAGUCAAACACAACAAACCCUUGUCAGAUGUCGUUGAAACCAGUGGUGUCUCCAACUAUGAAGAAAAAAGUCCUCUGUUAUCUAAUACAUCGAAGCCAACUAAAUGGUCAGGACUGCUUUUGAGGAAUGUUUUGAUUAUACUUUUUGCUAUAUCUUUUAGUACGUAUCAACUGUGUAAAACACAGUUUUUAUAUAAACGAAUCAGUGAAAGUAGGUCAACUAUAAACAAAUCGAAAAUAACCUGUGGCGAGAUCAAUGGAUCAGUUGCUGAAGACGAAAGCCAGACUGAAACAACAAACCUUAACUGGCAUUUUGGUAUCGUACAGUUGUCUAUUUGUAUACCUAUGAUAGUGCUAAUUGGUAUCUAUUCGGACGUUAUUGGACGUAAAUACUCUCUUCUCAUAUCGUUUGUGGCUAAUGCCAUACUCUAUGGAUGGAUGGCUUUGGUAGCGGCGUUUGAUUUACCUCUCAAUUACCUGUAUAUAGGAUAUGCUAUUUCAGGUCUCGGUGGCGCCCAGUUCAACAUCUUUGCCACUUUAGCAGCGUCCGUCGCGGAUUUAACCGGAGCCAGUAAAUCACGAUCAUUUUCAUUCGCCAUUCUCUAUUUCUCCGCUGGUGUAGGCUUGUCUUCAUCUGAAUUCGUCGAGGGAUAUAUCAUGAAGAGCUAUGGUUUUGUGUGGCUUCUUGCCUUCUCAUCCUUGUCUUUAUUGUUUGCUGUGGCAUUAAUUAUUUUCUUUUUUGAAGAUGCAAUUCCAACCAAGAAUUCAGGGUUAAGAGAAGUUUUCUCAAAUUUAAAAACAUAUUUCGGAGACAAGAAAAAUAUUCAUCGUUUUCCUAAGUGGGUAUAUAUUGUAUCUUUGAUGGGUCUGUUAUUGUUCUACGCACCUAAUGAUAAUCGAGAAGAUUUGGAGGUAUUUCUCGAAUUAAGGUCACCCUUUUGCUGGGAUUCCCAGUAUGUCGGGUGGUUUCAAUCGGCUGAAUCAGCUGUACACAUGCUUGCUGGCCCAUUGCUUAUGAUGGUAUUACAGAAAUACUUCAGCGACGAAACCAUUGCUGUUAUGGGUUUGCUGUCGGGAAUGGCCUUUUUCCUGCUAUUUGCAUUCGCAGUUACUAAUUGGAUAUUAUAUGCAGGUGUGGCGGCUGGGAUCCUGCUAAUGGCGGUACCGCCAUGUUUAAAAGCGUCCCUUUCAAAGAUGAUUCCUCCCGAUUUUCAAGGUUCUCUGUUUGCUGUCAUUUACUUGUUGAGUGUGAUAUCAACUAUGGCAGGAUCUACUAUUUUUAACAACAUAUACGCCCACACUCAGACCACUAUGCACGGGUUGACUUUCGUGGUGAUGGCUUUCUUUAACCUCAUGGCUCUCUUGUGUGUUAUGUCUGUGAUAGCCUUUAAGAAGAGCGACAGAGGCUUGUCCAUAACGGCAGCCAUCAUGAAUAUCAACGAUUCUGAGAAAAAUUAUUAUGCUUAA